AUGGCGACUCAAACACCAAAUCUAGAGUGUCGGAUGUACGAGGCGAAGUAUCCAGAGGUGGAUAUGGCGGUGAUGAUUCAGGUCAAGAACAUCGCCGAUAUGGGAGCUUAUGUUUCACUUCUCGAGUACAACAAUAUUGAAGGCAUGAUCCUCUUCUCUGAGCUCUCUCGACGUCGGAUCCGAAGUGUGAGCAGUUUGAUUAAGGUCGGAAGAAUUGAGCCUGUUAUGGUUCUUCGUGUGGACAAAGAGAAAGGUUACAUUGAUCUGAGCAAACGUAGGGUUAGCGAGGAAGAUAUUCAGACUUGUGAAGAGAGGUAUAACAAGAGCAAGCUUGUUCAUUCUAUCAUGCGCCAUGUUGCAGAGACUUUGUCCAUUGAUUUGGAGGAGUUGUACGUGCACAUUGGUUGGCCUUUGUAUCGAAAACAUGGUCACGCUUUUGAGGCCUUCAAGAUCUUAGUAACUGAUCCUGAUUCUGUGUUGAGUUCCCUCACACGUGAGAUCAAAGAAGUUGGGCCUGAUGGACAGGAGGUGACUAAGGUUGUACCUGCUGUUACGGAAGAAGUGAAAGAUGCACUUGUGAAGAACAUUAGGAGGAGAAUGACACCACAGCCAAUGAAAAUCCGUGCUGAUAUCGAAUUGAAAUGUUUUCAGUUUGACGGAGAGGCCAUGAGAAAGGCUGAAGCUGCUGGAAAUGACGACUGUCCUGUUAAGAUUAAAUUGGUUGCUCCUCCUCUGUAUGUCCUUACGACUCAGACACUUGACAAGGACCAAGGGAUUGAAAUUCUAAACAAAGCCAUAACAGCUUGCACUGAGACAAUCGAAACACACAAAGGCAAGCUCGUCGUUAAAGAGGAAGCUAGAGCUGUGAGUGAGUGA